AUGACGAUAGGCGAUCUCAAAACACGAUUCCGAGCCAAAUUUCAGCGAAGACAUUCCCAUACUGCCUCGAUAAUAUCCGUGAAAGAUGAAGAAGAAAAGAUUCAUCCUGCGGGAGGAGAGAAUAAAGUGACCACGCGCAGUUUACGAUCAAGAGCAAGUUUUAGGUUACAUCGAACAUCAAUAUAUGGAGGGUCAACAAAUGGUUCAUCGAGGAACGGUUCAGGUUCUGGGCAUAGGGAUAGCAUGGUUGAAGAUCAAAGUCCAAGUCAGAGCCAAAGUCAGAGUCAGAGUCAAAGUCAAAACCAAAGUCGAGAUUCCAAAGAAGCAUCAAACCGCGAAGAAAUAAUUCCAGUCCAUGAUUUUCAUGACGAUAAUAAUAAUAAUGGUAGUGGGAUGGAAAUGGGUGCAGAAAGAGGAGAUGGAGGAGAAGAUAGAAUUGGCGCGGAACUAAGGUUAAACUUUCGAAAUAGUAUGAGUAGCGAUCUGCAACAUCCUUCACACUCACAAAACAAACUAACAACUUCACUACCAGGUGCACCUUCAACCCCAAAUUCCAAACAACAACCUUUCAUCAAUCCCGAAUUGAUCAUCGAAGAGGAAAUUAAUAAAUACGAUAGUUUUUCUACAUCAACGGAUUUUCCCACUCCGAAUACAGAUAUACCAAGAGUUUUGGAGGAGGACGAAGAAGAGGAAGAAGAAAAGGAUGAAAUUCAGCAUCAGCCGCAAUCAGAAUCGAGAGAAGUGAAAUUUGGUAAUUCAACACCACAAAGCCCUAUCAGUCCAAUUAAUCAUACCCACCAAUCUACGCCUCGAAAACCCGAAUUAUCAAGACGCCAAAGCUUACUUCCUCAUCAACAAACAAAAUUAAUCAAGACUUUAUUAGAGACGGAUUUACCAGCACAACCUCAAGUCAACCCACCAACUGGAGGAACCGUUGGUGUCGAUUAUUUUUCCAAUCACGGUCCUUUAACGAUAAGCGCAGCGAUGGUUACUCGAAAGAUAUGGGUUAAGAGGCCUGGCGCCUCCGCGACCUUGGUUACUAUACAUGAGGAUGAUUUGGUCGAUGAUGUGCGAGAGAUGAUUUUAAAGAAAUAUGCCAAUUCAUUGGGAAGAAGUUUCGAUGCUCCCGAUGUUACUUUAAGGAUUGUACCAAGGGAGCAACAAAGGCAGGAAAGGACUUUGGGCCCGGAGGAACCCAUGAGUCGAACGCUCGAUGCUUAUUUUCCUGGUGGUCAAUCAGUGGAUGAAGCCUUGGUAAUUGAUGUUCCUGCGCGAAGGACACCGAAACCCUCUCCUAGGCCUAACGUGCACCCGGUAUAUUAUGAAGAAGGACGACCUACUGAAGCUGGAUCGGAUUACUUUCCUCCUAUGCCAAUCCCCGUUCCUUCUCCAGGCUUACAACAUAGUGUCCCGGUCCAAAAUGGAAAUCAACAUUCAGCUCCAUUAUUAGCGCAUGCCAUGUCUGUACUUACCACCGGUCAUGUACCAGCUUUACCAUCUCCAUCAGCUCCAAGAAGACAUCAUAGCUCGAGACCAAGGAUAGGACGGACUCAUACUUCAUCUCCUACAGUCAUUAGUGGACAUACCCAAGCUCCUAUUACAAACAAUGGUACGCAAUUUCAACGUGGUGGGAGAUCAAGAACUCACUCAAGUGCCUCAGAAAAAUCCGCGGUGCCUCCAGCCCCUCCGCUUCCGACUCCGCCUGCGCCAAAUCAGGAUCUUGCACCCCAGCGAGUCGCUACACCCCCUCCGAGAGUAUCAUCCCCUCGACCACAAAGAAGAGCUAAGAAGAAAGCUGGUGUUGAUCACCCUUCAUUACCAGCAGGCAUGCUCAACGGCGCAGUUCCACCGAUUAAUGUCCUCAUUGUCGAAGAUAAUAUUAUCAAUUUAAAACUCCUCGAAGCCUUCAUGAAACGUCUCAAAGUCCGCUGGCAAACCGCCAUGAAUGGUCGCGAAGCAGUAAAUAAAUGGAGAGGUGGUGGUUUUCAUUUAGUACUAAUGGAUAUUCAACUUCCUAUCAUGUCUGGACUUGAAGCUACAAAGGAAAUUCGCAGAUUGGAGAGACUUAACAGUAUUGGAGUUUUUAGCAGCAGUGCAAGUAGUAGUGCGCCUAGCGAAAGGGAGUUGGAGGAGGAGCCAUCAGACGGGGAUAAGUUGCCAAGCACGGUACUUUUUAAGAGUCCAGUUAUUAUUGUGGCUUUGACAGCUAGUUCAUUGCAAAGCGAUAGACAUGAGGCAUUGGCGGCCGGUUGUAAUGAUUUCUUGACCAAGCCCGUUAACUUCGUCUGGCUCGAACGUAAAGUCAUGGAGUGGGGAUGUAUGCAAGCACUAAUCGAUUUUGAUGGUUGGAGGAAAUGGAAGGACUUCAGUUCCCAACAAGCAGCGGAAAAGGAUGCGACUGAUGCGAAGAAGAAGGAUGCUCAAGGGGUGGUGAAAGCAAAGAAGAAAAAUAGAAAUUCUGGGAGCUUGAGUGGAUUAAUAGGACAAGGGGGAAGUAGUACGAAAUUGAGUUUGUUGGGGCAAGGUGGCGGGGGAGUCGAUAAUGAGGUGGUUGUGGGAUGA